AUGCAGAGUAUCAUGGAAGAUUAUAAGAAAAAGUACGAUGAGGAAACUCACUGGCAAACAGGUGCAGAGAAUGGGUUUGUUAUGCUCAGAAAGGAAAUCACUCGGCUCCAAGCACCCAUUUUGGUCACCUCUGUUAUUGUGCAAAUGGACAACAGCUGAGGAUGGGACAUAGAUGACAUCAUCACUGAUGCCAACGCUCAAGAUGACAACAUUGCCAAAAAAAGCCGGGCUGAUGCAGAAACCUGGUACUACAGCAGCUAUGAGGAACUGAGAGAAACCACUGGCAAACAUGACGACAACUUGCGUAAUACAAAGAAUGAAAUUGUGGAGCUGAAUCGGGUGACUCAGGGACUGACUGAAGAACGUGAAAACACCAAAGCCCAGAGAUGCAAACUGGAGGGAACCAUUGCUGAAGCUGAGGAGCACAGGGAAGUGGUUACUGAAGGUGCAAAGUGCAAACUCUCUGAGCUGGAGAAGGCAAAGCAGGACAUGGCACACGAGCACCAGGAGCUCAUGAACGUCAGGUUGACCCUGGACAUCCAGAUCAUGACCUACAGGAGGCUGCUGGAUGGAGAGGAAAGCAGAUGGAAGACCCUGCAUGAAUAA